CUGACCAUAAGAUAAUCUGUUACCCUGUACUCGCAAGAAACCACAUAAGGGGUUAUGUGUCAAGUUCAGAACCCUUCUCUUUCUUCCCUGCAAAAAAGUGUGGCCCAAAUACAACCCGUUCUCAUCAUCUCUCUCUGUUUGGUAUGGUGGUUCUCGUUCUGCUUCACGCUUCCUUCUAGUUCCAACAUCACAACAAUAUGAAGCUGUCCCUCAAAUUUCAGGGUCACGAUGAAGAUCAACACAACAUCCAAAUCAUGACCGCAAAGGUACCCAUUACUAUAUUCACCAAUCCCUUUGUUUCUGGCAUCACUGCCACCAACACAACUAACUCCACUUCUGAUUUUUCUUUCUCACUUUCAACUAAUUUCCCAUCGGGUCCAACCUUGAAGCUUUCUUACUCUCCCACUUCCUCUCUUCCUUUCUCUCUCUCUCUUAAAUCUGGUUUGGGCAUCUUCGGUUCCGCUCGCAAUUCUCCUCUCGUCUUCUCUGCCACUUUCCCUCUUUCCCAAACCCCACACCCAUCUUUCUUUCUACACUUCAAACCCCAUCUCGGUCACUUCUCUCUCAACAAAACUGUCUUCUCUGAUCCAAACACUGACCACCUUUCUGUUUCUGCCUCGCCUUCACCUGAUUACACUGAAAUCAGAAAGGGUUUUGAUGGUGUGGCUGAUGAUGGGUCUUCAUCGGGUUGGCAGGAAUUGAAAUUGGAGCCUUGUGGUGACAGUGACCAUAACUAUAUGGUUGGUAAGAACGAUGCAAAAUGUGGUCUUUCGCCUAGUGUUGCGGUUAUGGCUCGGACGGUAAUGCCAGUGACCAAAGGGGUGUUCUUGAAUUUGCGGUGGGGUGUGAAUUUUCCCGGGAAUUUGGGAUUGAAAAUGCCGUAUUUGACCGUGAACAAGAUCGGGUUAGAGAGGGUUGAGGAAGUGAAACAGAAUAAUAAGCUGAGCGAGGACACUUCUGAGAGCGAUUUGCAUACGUUGAAGGGUAUGUGCUUUUGGAUGAGAAAAGACUUGGAGAUUGUGGAAAAGGAAAAUAGGGAAAUGAAGCGAGCGUUGGAUGAGAUUAAAAUGGGAGUCUCGACAAGGAAUCAUCAUCAUGAGGGGAGUGAUGGUGUUGUUGGAAAGAGAUUAUCUCAGCGUUCGGAUGAAAGCACUGGCGAGUUUCAGCGUUGGAGAAGUAACAAGAGUGGCAGAGAAGAGAAUGAGAAAAAACAACCAAACAAGUCCCAAAGUCUAGUGAGUGAUGUGGAAUCUGAAUUGCAGAAAGCCAUAAAGGCUGCUACUUCCUCUUAGCAAGGUCAAUGUCAUUACCACUUUAUUAAUGCUUUCUAAGUUUGUCUGCCUUGCAAUGUAUAUAAAAUUUCAGCUUCUGUUUCUUAUUUGAAGUUAAGAGUAAUUGAUUGGUGACACUUCUAUGUAGUAAUUGGAGGAUUGAGGAUAUCAGUAGUAACUGUGUACCAGUUGAUUAAGUGUAAUCAGAUCAUUUGUGUGGUUGACAAAGGAUGGGAAAAAUGUUGUUAUUUGUGUAGUUAUACUGAGCCUUGAAGCUGCAUUCUGUAUUUUUGCAACUUACAUGGAUAUUUAACUUUGUAGGACUAGGUGAUACUUAGUUAAUGUUAAAGAUAUAAUAUAUAAAACUAU